AUGGAGGACCUGAUGGAGGACCUGAUGAAGGACCUGAUGGAGGACCUGAUGGAGGACCUGAUAGAGGACAUGAUGGAGGACCUGAUGGAGGACCUGAUGGAGGACCUGAUGGAGGACCUGAUAGAGGACAUGAUGGAGGACCUGAUGGAGGACCUGAUGGAGGACUUGAUGGAGGACCUGAUGGAGGACCUGAUGAAGGACCUGAUGGAGGACAUGAUGGAGGACCUGAUGGAGGACCUGAUGGAGGACCUGAUGGAGGACCUGAUGGAGGACCAUCUGAGGAGCCGAGGACCUCGAGCUGCAGAUGGAGACAGGAGUUUGGACUUUCUCACAGGCUCAUGCAGCUAUCUGGCUGAAUCUGAGUCUUUUGGAUUUUAG